AUGGAAGUCGAAGUGAAGCUUCGUCUUGCAAACGCAGAAACUCAUCGCCGCGUCACCACCUUGCUCUCUCCCUUCCACGUCAUAACCCAUCGCCAACACAAUCUCUUCUUCGACGGCGCCGCAUCUGAACUCUCCUCUCGCCGUGCCGUUCUUCGUCUCCGAUUCUACGGAAACGAUGAACGGUGUGUUGUUUCGCUCAAAGCAAAGGCGGUUCUUGUCGACGGUGUGAGUCGCGUUGAAGAAGACGAAGAGGAUUUGGAUCCGAAGGUUGGUCGUGAUUGUGUCGCUGAACCGGGGAAGCUGGGUUUGUUGGAGUCGAGGAUUCUGAAAAGGGUGAAGGAGGAAUUUGGGGUGGUUGGUGAAAAUGGGUUUUUAGGGUUGGGAGGUUUUCGGAACGUGAGAAAUGUUUAUGAUUGGAAAGGGUUGAAAUUGGAAGUUGAUGAGACUGAUUUUGAUUUUGGAACAUUGUAUGAGAUCGAGUGUGAGAGUGCUGAUCCAGAAGAAGCUAAACGCAUUCUGGAGGAGUUCUUGAAGGAGAAUCAAAUUGAUUAUUCAUACUCAGUAGCUUCCAAAUUCGCAAUUUUUCGAUCCGGGAAAUUGCCAUAG